AUGGCGAACAUAAACCCUCUCAAUGUUUACUCUGGGCCGGACUCGAUGAAAAAGUACUUCGACCCGGACUGCCAGCCACCAUUGCCUCUGGUCGAGAUUCCACAGGAAUUAAACCCGUUUUAUGACGAUGGUGUCCGCAUAUAUGCAAAGAUGAUGUCCAUGCAUCCUGCCAACAAUGUGAAAGCAAUUCCAGCUCUUAAUCUCCUUGAGGCAGAAGUUGUGCCAGGGAAGACAAAGACCGUCAUUGAGUACAGCUCUGGCUCAACAAUCAUUUCCAUGGCGAUGAUUGCGAAUGUGUUUCACGGCAUCAACGAUGUCAGAGCAUUUUUGAGCAAUAAAACCAGUGAUGCGAAGAUUAAGCUGAUGCAGUUCUUCGGUCUCAACAUCACUUUGUUCGGUGGUCCCUCACAACCAGAACCACUGGAUGAUCGUGGUGGUAUCUUUGCUGCACAGACAAUGGCCCUAGAGUCUGACCAAGUUAUCAAUCCGAAUCAAUAUGACAAUGACGGUAAUUGGGGAGGCCACGUACGGUAUACGGGACCCCAGAUCUUCAAGCAGCUCCCAGAAAUCAACGUUUUAUGUUCUGGUAUGGGGACCAGCGGUACCAUGACUGGGCUGGGAACAUAUUUCAAGAAGGUUAAGCCAUCCGUUUUGAGGGUGGGAGUCUGCACGGCACCAGGCGAUCGUGUGCCGGGACCCAGGUCGUACGCGCUUAUGUCUCCCAUCCCCUUUCCAUGGCAAUCGGCAGUGGAUGUCAUCGAAGAAGUCGGAUCUCCGGAAUCGUUCUCAUUAUCCCUCAAGCUAUGUCGACACGGGCUAGUGUGUGGUCCCUCAACAGGAUUUAACCUUCAGGGUCUUUGCCAGCAGCUCCAAAAACGCAAGGAUGCAGGGACAUUACGCAGUCUUGCAGGUCCAGACGGAAAAAUACAUUGCGUGUUUCUCUGUUGCGAUUUGCCGUAUCAGUACAUACAGGAGUAUUUUGAUAAGUUGAAGCCAGAGGAUUUCCACCCGAUAAAGAACGAGAAUCUCCGCAAAGUCGACCUUUAUCGCUAUGAUGAGGCCUGGGAGAGUCAUUUUGCAAAGAUUCUUGCGGAAUUUUAUGAGAGGUUCCCUGCCAGUGGCCCUGUGUUUGGUAUUGGGAAGGCAAGAGGGUUUGAUGGCCUUAAGCUCAAACCAGACCACUCACGAUGCGUAAUCGACCUUCGAAAGCCAGCUGAUUUCAAGCAGUGGCAUCUGCCCCAAGGCAUAAAUGUUCCUCUUAAUACCCUUGAAAAGAGCACCACGUCACCCUUUGCUGACUCCGCUGUUCUAGAGGCUCAAUGGCUGGAGAUUGAGGGUUGGUUCAGUCAGAGCGGGGAGAAGUCCGCCUUGCUGAAAGGACUGAAGGAGAAUAACACUCGUGUUUUGCUAGUCUGUUACAGCGGAAACACAUCGCGAGUGGCAUGCAGUAUCUUCCGAGCGAAGGGGAUCGAGGCAUGGUGCAUCCGCGGUGGGUACAAGGCCCUGGCUGACCCCGAGUUGGCUCUG